AUCGCGUUUAUUGAAUCAUCAAUCUGUUUGUAGAAAUGUGUAGAAGUAGAACUUCCUUUCACCACUAUCUUGUACUGGGGACAGAGGGAGACCCACUUUUCAGAAGAAGCAGGACCUGACUUAAAGCAGACGUGUCUCAUCUUCGUAAGCCAACCAAAAAGGUCCAAGAGAAGAGGCCGAGACCGAGAGCCACAACUUUUUAUAUACAAUACAAUUGAACUGAUCAAUUAAUCCAUGGAAGCCAUAGCAACUCUCUUCAUCCAUCUCCCAAGCAGCACUAAACUAAACAUGUUCUCACUUUCAGACAUGCCUUCAGUGUCAACAAUGCUAUCAGCCUACGCCUCCUUGGCCGCUUCCACCAUGCUCAUUCGGUCGAUGGCCAACGAGUUCAUACCCCAUCAGCUCCAAGACUACAUUUUCUCGGGCCUCCGCUACCUCUUCUCCCCUCGGCUUUCUCAGCUCACGCUCAUCUUCGAAGAAUUCAGUGGGAUCACCCGCAAUCAAGUCUAUGAGGCGGCCGAGUUGUACCUCAGCACCAAGAUCACCCCCUCGAUCGAACGUCUAAAGGUGUGCAAGGCCCCCAGAGAAAAGAACCUCACCAUCACAAUAGAGAAAGGCGAAGAGGUCGUGGAUGCCUUCGAAGGAGUUGAGCUCAAAUGGAAAUUCGUUUGCUCUGAUAACGAGAGGACUGGCAGCACAGAGCGAUACUUUGAGCUCAGAUUCAACAAGAAAUACAGAGAAAAGGUGCUGGAUUUUUACUUGCCAUUUGUGUUAAGCAAAUCGAAGGCACUCAAGGAGGGUAAAAAGGUAGUAAAGCUUCAUACUCUCGGCUUCUUCUACGACGACAUGGGAGGAGGCGGAGGCGGAGGUGUAUGGGGAUCAAUCAAUCUCGAUCACCCAGCUACGUUCAACACGCUGGCGAUGGAUCCUGAGCUCAAGAAGGCAUUGAUAGAUGAUCUGGACAGGUUCGUGAAGCGGAGGGACUUCUAUAAGAAGGUGGGGAAAGCUUGGAAACGUGGGUAUCUGUUAUACGGCCCUCCUGGUACCGGCAAGUCUAGCUUGAUUGCUGCCAUGGCCAACUACCUGAAUUUUGACAUCUACGACCUGGAGCUUUCCCAACUCCGGCAUGAUUCGGAACUCAGGAGGCUGCUGGUUGCCACGGCAAAUCGAUCCAUACUUGUGAUUGAGGAUAUCGAUUGCAGUGUUCAAUUGCGUGAUCGACAGCUCGAGGUUGGAUGUGACGUUUCAAGUGAACAGUUGACUCUUUCAGGGAUACUCAACUUCAUAGAUGGGCUAUGGUCGAGCUGUGGAGAUGAGCGGAUUAUUGUCUUCACCACCAACCACAAGGAUCGGCUAGACCCUGCACUGUUGCGCCCUGGUCGUAUGGACAUGCACAUUCAUAUGUCCUACUGCACUCCUAAAGGGUUCAAGCUUCUAGCUUCCAACUACCAUGGCAUACACGAUCACCCUCUACAUGGAGAGAUUGAAGAGCUGAUAGAGAAGACAGAGGUCACCCCUGCAGAGUUGGCAGAGGAGCUAAUGAAGAGUGACCAAGCAGACACUGCCAUGGCUGGAGUAAUCAAUUUCCUAAAGCGAAAGAAAAUGGAAAAUGAUAUGGUCAAGGAUGAGCAAGGAAAAGAAGCUGAUUGUCGAGACCAAAAAAGGCAGAAAAUCGGCAAGGGAGAUGGGCGGAACCGGAAUGAACGUACAAGAAGGAGCACAAGACUCAGAAGGAAUCGAUGGAGGUGAUGGAGCCGGGGAGAAGCAUGGAGCUUUUCAUUAAUUUACUUACACCCGGCCCCUUAAUUAAGAGGGUUUUGGGUUUACUUUUUAGUGGAGGAAUUUCGGUGUAAGCUUGUCAAAACUAAUUAAAUUAAUGGUAUCUCAAGUUGAGGGUUUCCCAUUAACUGCAAGCAGAUGUAUUGGGAAUUUGGAUGAGUUCAAACAUGCAUAGAAGAGAGGAAGUUGGUAUCAUAUAUAGUCAGACUCAGACUGAGAAACUGGCAAAUGUAAUGGAGGUAUUGAAUGGUGUCAAAUGUGAGUUAAGAAUC